AUGGCCGAACGUGUGAAUAUUAUUGAAGAAUUAUUAGCAGACAGUGAAAGUGAGGGGGAAGAAAAUUUUGAAGGGUUUAAUUUAGAGGAUUUGGAAGAUUCUAAAUGUGUAGAUGAAUCAAAUUAUGAUGUUCUGAACGAUGAAUUAUGGAGUGAUGGUGAUCGAGUUCCUUUUCCUUUAAACUUUGAACAGGUACCUGGUUUACAAAAUGAAAUCUCAAACACUGACUCUCCACUGGAAUUUUUUGAACUAUUUGUAGAUGACAAUGACUAUGAAAAUAUUUCACAGGAAACAAAUAAAUAUGCAAAUCAGUUUCUAAACAGUGGCAUGCCACUUAAGGAGAAAUCACGCUUUCAUAAAUGGAUAGACACCACAGGUCUAGAGUUUAAAAAAUUUCUGGCGCUUAUUAUAGCCAUGGGACUUGUCUGUCAGAUAGAUGUAUCGGAAUACUGGACAGUAAAUCCAGUAACAAGUACUCCAUUCUUUCCCAGCGUCAUGUCACGAGACAGGUUCCUGCUCAUACUAGCAUUCCUUCACUUAAAUGAUGAUGCAAAUUAUAUCCCACGUGGAUCCGAAGGCUUCAACCCACUAUUCAAGCUUGGUUCCUUCUACAACAAAUUCCUACUAUACACUGGAAGGUCCAAUAUCCAACCUUCAAAAAAUGGUGCCACAUAUGACCUUGUCAUGGAUCUUCUUCGCAAUCAUUUUGAGAAAGGUCACAUCCUUUAUUGCGACAACUAUUACAGUUCCCCUCAGUUGUUUAUGGAUCUCUGGGUUUUGGGUACAGGAGCUACAGGUACAGUGCGCCCUUACAGGAAAGGCAUUCCUGAGAAAAUGAAAAAGAUUCAGCUUACAAACCGAGGAGACACGGCAACCGCUCACUAUGGUCCCUUAAGUUGCCUUAAAUACCAAGAUUCCAAGACAGUGUACCUUAUUAGCACUACAGAGUCUUCGACCAACGUUGAAACGGGUCACCAUUGCUUUAUUCAAAAUCAAAUAAAAGUAAGGCCCUCUAUGGUGCAAACCUAUGACAAAAAGAUGGGUGCAGUAGAUAGACACAAUCAGAUGAUUGAAAAUUACAAAUUGCCGAUCAAAACCUUGAAGUGGUGGAAGAAACUUUUCUUUCAUAUUAUGAAUGUUGCAAUUGUCAAUUCAUACAUCUUGUACAAAGAAUCCUGCAAAGCUGCAACCCCAAUGCUUCAGCGCAACUUUAGAAGAAAGCUGGUGGAACAACUUAUCCAGACAUCUGGAGCAACCAUUGGGGUACAUGUUGGACGGCCUGCUCCCAGGAUCCUUGAGCGAUUAACAGGAAGGCACUUCCUUGCUAGACUGGAGGAGGGAGGGAAGAUGCUCCUCAGACAGUGCAUUGUGUGUGGACCUGCUGAAAAGGAAAUGCUCCCAUCAAUGCGGCCUGGUGAGAAACGGCCCAGCAGAUGUGGUCACACGACCAGCUACAAAUGCAAAGAAUGUAAUGUUGCACUUUGCUUAACACCAUGUUUUGAAAUAUAUCAUACGAAGCUGGAGUACGUUUUAGCAUACAAACGAAUGAAAUUAAGUUCUGAGGAUUGA